UCAGAGUUUAAUAGUGAGCAAGUUCAUGAAAUAGAAGAUAAUCAAGAAAUUGAGGAAUCAUCGCGUAAUAAUUCUAAAGAUAUUGAAGCAGAUGAAAGCUCAAUAUCUCUGCAAUCUGCAAAUUCAAUUGAUCAUGAAGACGAUAUUUUAAAUGAAUAUAUUCAACCUUCACAAUUAAAUGAAGAACAUAACAAUAAUGAUGAUCAGUUAGCAUUUAUUUCAUGUGAGCUGACAAUAAAAGUAAAAAAACUAAAACAAGAUAAUCAGUUUUCGGUCCCCAGCCUUAUAAAUGUGUUUGAUCAAGAGAUGGGAAAAGAAAAACAAGAAAUAAACCUGAAAGCAAACCCUUGGAACCGCCGAUUUACAAAAGGCGAAGUAGUUGCAAGCCAUGUAUAUAAGAUUAUGGAAGCAGAAGCAUUUAUUAUUUAUCAUAAGGGCUGGAAGAUAAUUCACGAUAGCGAAACUAUUGACCCUCCUAGACUUAGAAAGAGAAUUGCUGAUAAUAAGAAUGUUCCAAAAUGUCAACUAUACAAUAAAAGUGUUAGUGACAACUCAGAAUAUGACCAAGACAUGGAUAAAUUGAUUAAUGUUGUCUCUGAAAUGUUUAAUCAAUCAACAAAUAGCAUACAAGCUACGAUGUUAAAAAUGUGGUCUUUAACUAAAUCAACUAAACUUUUUGAAAAGGAUGAUGAAAGAAAUGAUGAG